AUGGGGAUGGUUCCUUAUGAGGCGUUGUAUGGGAGGCCAUGUCGCACACCUUUAUGCUGGACUCUGGUUUGGAAGAGGAGCACACUAGAUGCAAGUUUUGUUCAGAAGACCACGAAAAAGAUCCGGGUGCUCAAGCUGAACAUGAGGGAGGCUCAGGAUCGACAGAGGAGUUAUGAUGAUCCAAGGAGAAAGGACAUUGAUAUUAUGGAGAGGGUGGGACCGGUUGCAUAUAGGUUUGAGUUGCCUGAAGUUAUGCAUGCAUUCCAUAAGGUCUUCCAUGUGUCGAUGUUAAGGAAGUGUCUUCACAAGGAUGACGAGGUGUUGCCUAAGAUUCUUGUAGAUCUUCAGCUCAACAUGACUCUUGAGAUGAGACCAGUGAGGGUUCUGAAGAGAGGAGACUUGGGAAUCCGAGGUGAGGAUGAAGGCAAGGUUCCAGAAAUGGUUCGAGAAGCAGGUCGAGGCCCGAGCUUGUCUAACCUUGGUCCCAAUGUCGUUAUGGUUAGAAGACCGUGGCUGGAGUGGACGGAGUAUUCCAGCCCAUCUUUGUUGAUACUUUGUCGCUUAGGGGUGGUUGGUUUUGCGAUUGAAGUACCAAGAUGA